UUGGUUGAAUUGAAAUAUAGGAUUUUCGAACGAUGAUACCUUUUGCGAUUGUCAAUGUUUAUCUACAGCCACUGUAAUAAUUGUUCUGGUGCAGCUAGUUUUUGCGUUUUACCUGUGUUGUUUAUUUGAUUUUUUUCUACACAACACCGUGAACCGCAAUAUUGUUUUGUUUGGUUUUUUAAUUUUAUCCAUUUCGUCUCAUUCCGUGUACCGUAAAUUUAAAAAUAAAAAUGGCUACGUUGUUUGGCGUAUCGUUGAAUCCGUUUUCGACACCAGUAGGCGAGAAAAUCGAAUUAGCCACCGAUGGAGGUUUGGCUUCAGAAAAUUGGUCGUUAAAUAUGGAGAUAUGCGAUAUGAUCAACGAUACAGAAGAAGGCCCCAAAGACGCAGUGAAGGCAAUACGUAAAAGAUUAUCGCAAAACGCUGGCAAAAAUCACAAAAUCAUCAUGUACACUCUUACGGUUUUAGAAACGUGUGUGAAAAACUGCGGUAAACGAUUUCACAUUCUCGUAUGUAAUAAAGAAUUUGCUCAAGAACUGAUUAAAUUAAUCGGGCCUAAAAACGAUCCACCGUCGAUUGUGCAAGAUAAAGUCUUGAGUCUUAUUCAAAGUUGGGCCGACGCGUUUCGCCAUCAACCAGAACUUCAAGGUGUUUAUCAAGUGUAUCGGGAACUUCGUCAGAAAGGAAUUGAAUUUCCCAUGACUAAUCUCGACACUAUGGCUCCUAUACAUACACCGCAUAAAAGUUAUUCUGAAGAACCGAGUGCAGUAGUAGCGAGUACAUUCCCAAGUGAACCGACCAAUGAUCAAUCACUUAGGCCGGAACAGUUCUAUAAAUUGAAUUCUGAUUUGGAACUAGUUCGCGGCAAUAUGACUGUAUUGAACGAAAUGCUGACUGAGCUACAACCCGGAAAAGAAGAUGCGUCGGACGUGCAAUUAUUAACUGAUCUCUACACCACUUGUAAAGCAAUGCAAGAAAGAAUCGUUGAACUACUCGCUAAAUUAUCAGACGGAGAACUUACCGAACAGCUGUUGUUGGUCAAUGACGAUUUAAAUAACUUAUUUUUACGGUACAGUCGAUACGAAAAGAACCGAGACGCUGGUGGCAGUGUUGUGGACGGUGGUUCUUCAAUAAAAACCACAGAUUUACUUCAAGAUUUCAUAGAUCAGCCUGUUGCGACUACAUCAAAUCAGUUCUCAAAAUUAAGUCUGGGUACCGAGACGUUAAAACCUAAUCCACCCGCAGACUUACUGACUAGUAUACAAUCGGAUGACUUUGAUAUGUUCGCUCAGUCUAGAUCUGCGUCGUACGAAAACACCAAAAUCGGUGGAAGUAGUUACGAUGCAAAUUUAAUGCCGGAUCAAGUCGACAGUUUAGCCUCGUUGACACAAGCUCGAUCCCAAAACGUAACGACAAAAGAUGAUCGUGCACACGAAGAAGUCAUCAGGAUGCACAGUGAACAAGACUUUGACGAAAUAGCCGCUUGGCUCAACGAGAAUCCUGGAGCUAACAUACGAACGGGCGGCGGAGAAGUCGAAGAAUCGUUGUCGAGCAGUGAAUUUGAACGAUUCUUGGCAGAAAGGGCGGCCGCUGCUGAGAAUUUAACCGCCGCCGGAUCUAAUCCGACUGAACCUAGAAGUAGUAAAGAAAAGCAAAAAAACCCAAUGUUUGCUUUGUAAUUUGGUUUUUAAAUUGCCAAUAGUUAAUCGUAAAGACCAAUGCAAUUUUUAUUGUAAAUUCUAAAUCAUUAAUUUGUUUGUAUCGUAAAAUCGUAAGUACAAUUAUUAAAUCUUAUUAGAUAUACAUAUUUUGUUGUCUUCGAAUAAACUUUCUAGUUUCUAGUAUGAUAAUCUAUUAACUGUAUCAAUGUAUGCCUAGAUUGAGAAUUUUUUUUUUUUUUAAUGUAUCUUUUCCAAAACAAUGGGUUUAAAAAAUAUAACUUGUGAUUUUUUUUCUUCAAAUUUUAAAUUAACUCGUGAUAGAAUAAUAAUCAUUAUUUCAAGUUGAUGUGUUAUUUUUUUUUUUUUUAACGCAGUGAAAUAUUACACAAUAUUAAUUGUACAUUCCAUCAUUUAUUUUAUUAUUUAGCGUUUAAGUCUAAUAUCGUUGAA